AUUUGCAUUUACAGUGUGUUCAUGGUUCAUGAUCAUAUCAUGACAACUAUUACUACUUCUCAUCGUUGGUAUGAAUAGUAAAAAUGUCUAUAAUCAUGCACGAUUCAUAUAGUCACGCGGAACUUUAGGCAUCCUUGAAAUCAAGAAACUUUUGUGCAAUUGCCAAAACACUGUCAACAUGGCUUCAAAAAACCUAAUGGAGUUUGAGAAAGCCAUGAAAUCCAUGGAACCCAUGGAAGUGUGCGAUUAUCUCCAAAAAACACUGGACUUUUUGAAAAGAAACAACAGUGAAGUAUACUUUCCCUCCAUUUCGCCUUACGUCGAGGGGUUUUUGGUAAAUUUGGUCACUGAUACAAGGAAUUUGAAGAGCAAGGCCUUUAAGGAUCGGGACAGAGUGCUUGCAGAGGAGAUAAUUGAAGUCCUGGAGAUGUCCCGGGAGGUGUUUCGUUGGACACAUGUUUAUGAGAGAGGAAACCUCUUAGUGUAUAAAAAGAUAUUUUCUAAUAAGAUUAAGAAAAAGCCAGUCAACCUGAGCACCAUAGCCGACCGCUUAAUCCAAGCCAGAGCUUCAGCUCUCCGACAACCUCACACAGCAAACCCACGCGCUCCACUACCUCAUGCCCUCCGACAGCCUCGCGCUCCCCUGCCUCAUCAAGGACCAGCUACCAUGCAACAACACGCAAGCCCGUUCCGCUCUCCCAACACUGAAGAACCCAUCGGCACCUUCAAAGUCCGCUUCCUAAACAAAACUUUACGCUUCAUCAAAAGUACUCAAACCAAAUUGUCCUAUGAAGAAAUGCAUAUAAACCAAGCGGAGUAUAUAUAUAAUCUGUUGAAGUAUCGAGACAAGGAUGUUGGGUUCGGGUAUAAGUCGCUUUACGCACCGCUUUGGGAGGCCAUGGAGGCAUGUGUUGAUUGUAAGUUUGAGGUGACGCUUAAGGAAACUAGUCAUAGAGAUACAGCGGCUAUAGUGCUUGAAAGAGUACCCAAGAAUAAUACCAAAUCUAAAAUAGAUAAAGAAAAACCAAAGACUAACAAUAAAGUCAGUGAGAAAAAGAAUAAAGAUGAAACACAUAACGACAAAAAUGUGUCAAAUAUUCCGCAUAAAGAAAAUAAAGAUUCUAAUAUACAGAAUGAUCAGUCUCUAAACAACAGUUUCCUAGACCCAUACUACGCUGACGCCGCCACCGCUGUCCCUUCGCUCAGCCUCCUCUCAAACAUUACUGAGAAAUUCUUCACCAAAACGGUGGUCGCUCUCACAGAGUUCGCGGACAAUGAGAAUAGCAAGAUGAAAACGUUUAGUCAGCUUACGGAGGGAGAGGUCGAGUUUGUGAAGGAGGUUUUAUCAUUUGCAGAAAACAUGUCAGUGCGAGACAUGUUCAUGGCGAAAUACCGCAUUAUGCUGUGGAAACUAGAUCGUGUCGUAAAGGAGGUGUUUAAGACUUGUGAAUUGACUUAUACCGUCAUUGAGAAAGACAGAAGUAUAACAUGGAUUAAAAUACAAAAAUCUGCUGAUGCAGUUUCAACAUCCCCAGGCGCCGAAUCCUCGGCCCUCCCACCACUAGAGCUCUUCAUGAACAUCUCCGAGGCCUUCUUCAAACGAACCGUCAUUGCUUUAACCGAUUUCGCGGAUGGAAGCUUCUGCAGUCGUACAUUUUGUCAACUGAAGGAAGAAGAAAUAUUCUUCGUUAAGAAUGUUAGGCAAUUAGCAGGUUCAGCUAAGCUCCGCGAAUUGUUCGAGCCGCACUACAGAGAUCUGCUCUGGAGGUGCAACUACAGCAUCAAUGAAGCUGCCAAGAUCUCUAAGAUAACGACGAGCGUCAACGACAAGGAAAGAAGCAUAACAUUAAAGAAAACGCCAAAAUUUGCUACACCCGCACCAGUGCCACCAAAGGUCCAGCCAAACGUCGCAACGGGAGGCAGAAGCAAAUCGAUGGUGCUGAUGAAAACCAGAGACCGAUCUUUGAGUAAAGACAGAUUAAUACAGUUCGAAAAAGGCGGUAAACCUACCACAGACAUCAUAGACUUAACCAUAGACAAGGAUGUCAAACAAGAGCGCGGCCGAAGCAUGAACAGGCGAACGGCGAAGCUGCUUGAAGACUUGUCCACACCCAUCGAGAGCGACAUCGGGAUGAGGAUGAUGAAGCUGAUGGGGUGGCGGGGCGGAGCGCUGGGCGCGCGCGGUGACGGCAUCAUGGAGCCCGUCAUGCCUAACAUUGAUCAGCCUAAACGAAGCGGCCUGGGUCACGUGCCCCCUCCUAAAAUAGUUCCUCGUAAGCCGAUCGACUUCCGGCUGAUGAUUCUCCACAAUUUGCUCGAUUUCCUGUUACACGAUGAGUGGAAAAAGGAGAUACUGUUUAAGGAGCCCCUAGUAAAAAAAGAACGCAAAUCCCUCCAAUCCCUCCUGACAUCCUUGAACAGUCGCCACAAAAUAAACCUAACUGAGAAGGAAAACGAACUCGUAGCGAAAAUAUACAACAGACUAGCGGACUAUCCUACUAUGGAGCUCAGGGGAGAGAUAGCUAAAGAUCUCAAAACAGUGACCCUACAGAAACUCCUCGACCGUCCGCUUCGGGCGCUCAACAUCAAAAUACCUAAACCCAAGAAUCAGCCCCAGAACCAGCCCCAACCAGCCCCUAGCACCCUGAAUACACCAGAGAACCAAUCAGCCCCUAAUACCAAGAACUCUAAAGCAGAUGUAGAUAUUGUCAUCUCUAGAGAUGAUGUAGCGAGGGUCUUUCAGCACAUAGAUGUCACUCAGAUGAAAAUCCCGGCUACUCCACAGGCCAUCAGAAAGAGGGCGCUUCGGUUGGUGUUUUUGACGAAAAUAGCAGAAGCGCUGAGCUGGGAUUGGUGGGAACAGAUUGCAUUUAUAUACGAAGAAGGCGGUAUUGCAGCGCCAAUAGUAACUUUCAUCCGCACUGUAGUGGUGCACUUCAACAACCGAGACUGUUGUCUCAACCUGUACGGCGCUGAGGCCCCGGUGUUCGAGGCCAUGUUGGAGGCUAAGGGGGGCAUGCUUGCUGUGGAGUUUAAGCAGCCCUCGUAAGUAUU